CAGUACUCGCUCAGCCAGCGGGGAUGUAAAUCAAAUAAACGGGUUCCCGUCUCCCCUCUUUAAAUGAUCCGGAGCAGUUGUUGCCGUUCUGUUUGCUGGUCCUCGUCUCAGAGAAACGAUACCUCAAGCCGUUUGUUUCCUCGGCGGAUUGAAAGAGAUGCUUCUGGCGAGCUCAUGGGUCACGAGCAUGUGGGAGCUGAUCGUUAGCGGCGGGAUCGGGAAGCAGGGCAGGAGGAGCUAGUUUGUGCUCGGGGAGAGAUCGCUGGAGAGAGGACCGCGAAGACAGCAGCAAGGCGAUGCAGCACCUGCUUCUCUUCCUCGUCUACAUGGACCCACUGAACUUGCUGCUCUGCACAGGGAGGACCCGCAACAACAGGACGCUGGCCUCUCCCCGGCGUCAAGGGGGCUACACUUCCAAGGUGCAACAGAUCAACACCACCGUGGUGGUGCCGGUUCUCCAGAUCAACAGGAUGAAGCCUUUGGUACUGCAGCACUCCGAGAAAUGCCGGGGUCAUUACGACGUGGCGGGUCAGUGGGACCCCGAUUUCGAAUGCAACAGGACUUCCUACAAUUACUGCUGCGGAACCUGCUACAUGCGCUACUGCUGCCAAGACAAAAACUACCGCCUGGAGCAAAACAGCUGCAAAAACUACGUGACACCCAAAGUGGAAAUCCAAGUCACCACCGACCCAGAUCGGGACGAACUGGAGAACGUGUACGAUCCCAGCAAGGACAAGACCAACAGCACGGUGUACAUCAGCUGCGGGGUAGUCGCCUUUGUAAUUAUUGCUGGUGUUUUUGCCAAAGUUGCAUACGAUAAAGCGACCCGACCUCCUCGUGAAAUGAACGUGUCUAGGGCCCUGGCAGAUAUUUUACGAAACCAGGGACCAAUCCCAGUGCCACACUUCGAGAGGGAGAAUAUGACAGCAAUAGAUGGAUCACCCAAGGAUAGCUCGCCUGUCAGAACCACCAAAAACCAUUUUACGCCAGUUCGAACAUCCAAGGGUAAUCAUGGGCUUUAUGGGAAGGAUUCAGGCACCAGUCAUGGCUAUCGCAGCGGAGGACCAGACUUGCAUAACUUCAUCUCUUCAGGAUUUGUGACACUAGGGCGAGGACAUCUCAAGGGUAACCAUCACCAUAAUUACAAUCACCUGGGAUUGAUCAGUCCCACUCAAACUCCCACUAAUGAAAAACCUCGGAUGAACAGUAUUCUUACUUCUGCGACUGAGCCAUAUGACCUGUCCUUCUCAAGGUCUUAUCAGAAUCUGUCACACCUUCCACCAUCGUACGAGUCUGCAGUCAAAUCUGACAUAAGCAAGUAUUCUUCACUAAAACGAUUAAGUGAGAAGGAGAUGGAUGAAUACUACAUGAAAAGAAGGCAUCUUCCAGACUUGGCAGCAAGAGGAACUCUGCCUCUCCAUGUUAUUAAAAUGAAUCAGGAACACAGUAACCAUAGGGAGAGGCCGAGGCGACCAGAGCGAGCCAUGUCACAGGACAGAGUCCUGUCCCCAGAGAGAGACGUGCCUCAAGAAUGUGUCUUGUCUUAUGAGCGCAUCCUAUCUGAUGAACAACUAUUGUCAGCUGAACGCCUUCAGUCCCAGGAUCCUCUACUCUCUCCAGACAAAGUCAUGUCCCUCAAACGCUCCGCAUUCCGUGAGAAGGCCAUGUCCAGGGCUUUGUCUCAAUCCCACACAGAUGUCUUUGUAUCUACGCCCGUCUUAGAUCGUUAUAAGAUGACAAAAAUGCACUCACAUCCCAGUGCCUCAAACUCUUCGUCCAAUACCUUAAGUAUAAAUCAGACGAAUCACACUGCUGCUAAGCGACAUGCCUUUGCUUCACGUCGGCACAACACAGUGGAACAGCUCCACUAUAUCCCAGGACAUCACCGUAAUUACCAUACAGCCAGCAAAACAGAAGUGACUGUUUGAUCUUAAAAAAGUCAAUUGCCGAUUCUACAGUAACAGGAGUGUAGAAGGUUUUGUCAGUGAACCACAGGACAAUGGCACUGUCAGACUACGCUAAUUACUCACACUCUAAUUUCUGAUAUGUUAUUUAGGCAAAUGUAUUUGUUUAUCUAAACGAAAUGGUAUACUAUACAAGGCUUCAGUCUUUUCAGAGAUACUUAACAUCAAUUCCUAGUUUUAUUCAAGGUUUUCAUUUUAGUUGGUACAUUAGCACAACAGAAGGUGGUGAACCAACCAGGUCACCUGACAGUUUCUAUCAAAGGAAGCCAUGUGGUAUGGUAAUCGAUGGAACAGGCCUGAUCAGAGCAACAAAAUCAGAGGUUAAAUUUCUAACCGACUACUAUUGCUACUUUUGGAGAUUGAAAUUAUUUGUUUGAAAGAGACUGAUUUUUUAAAUUUGGGAAUUAGAAUUG